CAUAAACACUACAGAACAUAAACACUACAGAACAUAAACACUACAGAACACAAACACUACAGAACACAAACACUACAGAACAUAAACACUACAGAACAUAAACACCAGCUAUGCUAAUAUGACACAUAUUUAGUGACAAUUAAAACUUAAUUCCACUUAAUUUCCACAGUAUUUGAUCAGCCAUGGCGGUCAGUGACAUGGGGGGAGAGUGAAAAAAGUGAGAUGCUGAAAAAACUGAAAGAAUUCCAGCCAGGAACUGCAGAAGUCCGAGAGCUGAAGAUUCUACUUCACGGCCCGGUCGGAGCAGGAAAGUCCAGCUUUAUUAAUUCAGUCAACACCGUCCUCCAGGGACACAACACCACCAGUGCGCCGGCAAAUUCAGCAGCUGGGAAAAGCUUCACUAAAGAGUUUAAAUUUCACAGGCUGAAGAAAAACAGGCCUGGAUCUUUCUAUCCGUUUGUCUUUCUCGAUAUCAUGGGUGUGGAAUCCGAUGCGUCAUCAGGAGUGCACAGUGAUGACAUCAUCAAAAUAUUACAUGGUCAUGUAAGAAGCAACUACGCUUUCAAUCCUUUUAAAUCAAUCCUUAAAGAUGACCCAAAGUACCACAGUAACCCCAGUCUGAAGGACAAAGUGCACUGUGUGGUGAGUGUCGUACCAGGGGACAGAAUCUCCCUCAUGACUGAGGACGUCAUCCAGAAGAUGAGAGCUGUUCGUGAGAAAGCUCGUGAGUUAGGGAUUCCUGAGGUCAUCAUUAUGUCCCAUGUUGACCGAGCAUGUGUGCUAGUUAAAGAGAACCUGAGUGGGAUCUACACCAGCAGAAAAAUUAAAGAGAAGAUGGAAGAGUGCAGUCAUAAACUCGGAGUCCCAAUGAACUGCAUCUUUCCUGUGCAGAACUACUAUGAGCAGGUCUCCAACGACUUGAACAUGGAUCUUCUGAUUCUCAUGGCCAUGACCGACAUCAUCAGCUUUGCCAAUGACUAUGUUGAAGCCCAGGUUUAUAACACCGAUCAGUACGUUGAAGAUCAGGCUUAUAAUGAAUAAUUUAGACUUGUUCACUUUCCCACAGAGUAGCAACAUGGAAUAGUUUUAUAGUUUAAUAGGACAGGAAUGUGGUAGAAACUAUUACAACAUCUUUUAACUUAACACUAAUCUUUUGCUUCUUGUAUUCUAGGGUUAAUUAGGGUUAUUAAUUAUUAGGGACAGUAAUCUGGAGUCAGCUUUACUCUAAUUUUCAGACAUUAUGUGUCUUUACAUACAUUGAUUGGGACAUAAUUAGAGGUGGAUUAUGACGUAGUUUCGGGGUUCACGUUACACUUCACUAGAACGUUCCUUACUGCACUUUUCAGAACUGAUAGGAACUUUAAACCUAAAUCUCUCAGUAGUUCACAGCUUCCACUCAGUGACACUAUGCUGUAGAUGGCGUGAGCUGUAGGACAAUUAACUAAACUGAAGCCAAAAUAUGAGGCCCCCUAGUGGCUGGCUGCAGUACAAUAUUUUAACCCUGCAUAUUACUACACUAGUCAACAGGAUUUGAACUUCAGUUGGCUAUCAAAUCUCCCCUAGUAGCUUUCACUGUGACAAAUGGAUUUGUUUUGGGAAGUCAAACCUCAUAAACAUGAAUGAUGGAUAAUGACAGCUAGCACCGGGCGAGCUCUGUUUAUUCAGUGUGUGUCCCUGCUUCUGUUUGUAAUUAUUGUUAAGUUUAGUGUAAAAAUGCUUCUGUAUAUUUACUGAUCAGUACACGACAUAAAGUACAACAAGAAAAACACAGCGUGGUUUCGAAUGAUGGCUCUUUAUAGCUCUUAGGUGUGGGAACUUAUCUGUCUCUACACUUUAAUAAUCUGAUUUAUGACUUGAAUGGAUUUUAAUCUGGAUAUUUGAAUAUUCUCUGUAUAUUUAUCUUCACACACAUCUCUGUAAACUCACUUUAACACGUGUGCUGCUUUAGUCAGUCAGUAAGAAACCUGAGAAAGAAUAAAAUGUCCGUCUGUCUGUGUUUCUGA